ACCAAAUAUCACCUGCUUCAUUAUAUAUCUCUUUUUGUGUCUCUUUAAUUCUUUCAUAUAUUUAUAUAUGGCUUCAUUGAGUUCGAGAAGGUCAACCUGGACGGCCCAAGAAAACAAGGUGUUCGAGAGGGCUCUAGCACAUUACGAUACCGAAACACCCGACAGGUGGCACAACAUUGCAAGGGCCGUGGGCGGUGGCAAGACGGCAGAAGACUGCAAGUCUCACUUCCAACUGCUUCUGGAAGAUGUAUGGAAAAUCGAAUCUGGUCGUGUUCCCUUUCCAAAUUACAUGCAUUCAUCAUGAAAGGCCGCAGCCUUGCUUAAUUCUGAAGAAUACACGAAAGAACAAGUGUGGCCAUUGUAAGGAAGGCCUCCACUUCUAAUUCAUCUACUUUUACUCUUUUAUUCUAUUUUAAUGUCACUCUAAUUAAUUAAGUAACCUCUUCAAUAUAUAUUAUAUUGUGUAUGGCCUGCAUGAUUUCUGCAGUUUAUGUCAA